AUUUCUCAGUGAAGCGCAUAGUGUUGCCACCGUGCCGCAAGCUUUCCAUGUGUGAGGAGAAAUAAAAUCCAUAGAACCGGCCUGUUCCUCAUUAAACUCACUGAAAGGCAGCCACCAAAAAAGAUAUAUUGCCAGCGUUGUCGCAACGAAUCUGUGAGAUUUAAACAUUAAAAAAAUCCCCAAAAAGCAACCGCUUGGUAUCCCGCGCUUUUUUUUGGCUAAAGAAGGCAGCAACAACAAAAAACUGCUCAGAAAUCGUCUUGCAAUUACGCAAAAUUCCAACACACUCAUAGGCAUACCGACGAAAUAGAAAGUAAAGUAAAGUAAGAAAAAAAAAAAAAAAAAGAGCGCAAAAAUGACUUCCGAUAUAGCGAUGCAACUGAUUGCCAUUUUGGAGAAGACGGUGUCGCCAGAUAAAAAUGAACUACUGGCGGCUAAGAACUUUCUGGAGCAGGCGGCCAACGGCAACCUGCCCGAGUUCCUCAAGGCCCUAUCCGAGAUCCUAGUUAAUACAUCAAACAGCGCCGUGGCCCGAAUGGCAGCCGGCCUCCAGCUGAAGAACCACCUGACCAGCAAGGACGAGAAAGUCAGCCAACAGUACCAGGACCGCUGGAAUCAGUUCCCCACCGAGAUCCGCGAACUGAUCAAGAACAAUAUCCUGGUGGCCUUGGGCACAGAGAACACCCGACCCUCGUGUGCCGCCCAGUGCGUCGCCUAUGUGGCUGUCAUUGAGUUGCCUAUGAACCGGUGGACACCCCUCAUCCAGACUUUGGUCAGCAAGGUGGUGAGCGAGGGAUCGAGUGAAAUGCACCGCGAAGCAGCCCUGGAGGCAAUCGGCUACAUCUGCCAGGACAUACGGUUCGGCGUACUGGAGAAUCAGUCCAACGAAGUGCUGACCGCCAUCAUCCAUGGCAUGAGGAAAUUGGAGCCGAGCAACCACGUCCGCUUGGCAGCCACCACUGCUCUGUUGAACUCCUUGGAGUUCACGAAAUCCAACUUCGAGAAGGACAUGGAGCGUAACUUCAUCAUGGAGGUGGUGUGCGAGGCGACUCAGUGCCAGGAUACACAGAUCUGUGUGGCGGCACUCCAAUGUCUGGUGAAGAUUAUGAGCUUGUAUUAUCAGUUCAUGGAGCCAUACAUGGCCCAGGCCCUGUUCCCCAUCACUCUGGCCGCCAUGAAGUCGGAGAACGAUGCUAUCGCCUUGCAGGGCAUCGAGUUCUGGUCCAACGUCUGUGACGAGGAGAUCGACUUGGCCAUUGAGAGCCAGGAGGCCACUGACCAGGGCCGAGCACCACAACGAGUGUCCAAACACUAUGCCCGCGGCGCCUUACAGUUCCUGGCUCCGGUGCUCGUCGAGAAACUGACCAAACAGGACGAAUGCGACGACGAGGACACUUGGAGUCCAUCCAAGGCCGCUUCGGUCUGUCUGAUGGUGCUGGCCACCUGUUGCGAGGAUGAGAUUGUGCCGCAUGUCCUGCCCUUCAUCAAGGAGAACAUUGAGUCGCACAACUGGCGCUUCCGUGAUGCCGCCGUCAUGACCUUCGGAUCCAUUCUGAACGGCCUGGAGACCAACACUCUAAAGCCGCUCGUGGAGCAGGCAAUGCCCACGCUCAUCAGAUUGAUGUACGAUUCCAGUGUGAUUGUCAGGGACACCACCGCCUGGACCUUUGGACGUAUCUGCGACAUUAUACCCGAGGCGGCCAUCAACAAGACAUAUCUGCAGACCCUGCUCGAGUGCUUCGUGAAGAGCCUGAAGUCGGAGCCGCGUGUCUCGGCCAACGUAUGCUGGGCCUUCAUUGGACUGUCGGACGCCGCCUACGAGGCAGCUGUGGUCACCGAGGGCGAGACCCCUGAGACCUACGCCCUGUCCCCGUACUUUGAGUUCAUCAUCACCCAGCUGCUGGAGACCACAGAUCGAUCGGACGGCGCCCAGGCCAACUUGAGAGGUGCCGCUUACGAGGCACUCAUGGAUAUGAUCAAGAACUCGCCACUGGAUUGCUAUUUGAUUGUGCAGCGCACCACUAUCGUCAUCCUGGAGCGAUUGAACCAGGUGAUGCAGAUGGAGACGCACAUCAGCAACCACAGCGACCGGCAUCAGUUCAACGAUCUGCAGUCCCUGCUCUGCGCCACUCUCCAGAGUGUCCUGCGUAAGGUGCGCGAACAGGACGCUCCCCAGAUCUCCGACGCCAUUAUGACCGCUCUCCUGACCAUGUUCAACUCGAGUGCCGGCAAGUCGGGUGGUGUGCAGGAGGAUGCCUUCAUGGCAGUCUCCACUCUAGUGGAGCUGUUGGGCGUUCAGUUUGCCAAGUACAUGCCAGCUUUCAAGGACUUCCUCAUUAUGGGUCUGAAGAAUCACGAGGAGUACCAAGUGUGCUGCGCUUCCGUCGGGCUUACCGGUGACAUCUUCCGGGCUCUCAAGGAUCUGAUGGUGCCCUAUUGCGAUGAAAUCAUGUCCGUAAUGAUGCUCAACUUGUCGGAGCCGUCCCUCCAUCCCAGCGUUAAGCCGCAGAUCUUGUCCGCCUUCGGAGAUAUCGCCCUCAGUAUCGGCUCCCACUUUGUCAAGUACCUCAAUGUGGUGCUGGACAUGCUCUGCGGUGCCUCGAACCUUCAGCCGGAUGCCAACAACUACGACAUGAACGAGUACAUCAGCGAGCUGCGCGAAAGUGUCCUGGAGGCCUACACUGGCAUCAUUCAGGGCCUCAAGGGCGUGGACCAGACCGCCCACCCCGACGUCAUGCACAUGGAACCCCAUUUGAUGCACAUUAUCGGUUUCAUUAAGCGUGUCGCUCAGGAGGGCGAUGUCUCCGACUCGAUGAUGGCCAGUGCCGCCGGUUUCAUCGGAGAUUUGUGCACAUCCUUCGGACCGGCUCUGUAUCCGCUGCUGGACGAUGUGGUGAUCAACCAGUUCCUGGCGGAGGGCAAGCGAUCGAAGGGACAACGCACCAAGAUGCUGUGCACCUGGGCGGCCAAGGAGAUCAAGAAGAUCAACACCCAGGUCAUUACGCAGUAAUUCAACUGCUAGAGGUUAAUGUUUCCCUCAAAAACCCGACCCUCAAGAUUGUGUGUUAUGCAGCCAAACUGUUCAGUCCGAAUUAUCUGAUUUAAAAAAAAAAAGAUACUAUCUGCUAAGUUUGUUUGUCCGAUCUAUUGUUGCUGUGCAACGUGUAUAUUUUAAGAACACAUUGUUUAUAAAAACCCCCCCUAUUUUAAGCUCAAAACUGAACCUCUUUUUUAAGAUUUAUAAUUUUUAAAAAUAAGCUUCUGUUAAACUUCGUGUGAGAUUUAAACCAAUUUAGUAGCCAAUCGAAAUCGAAACCCCCCCCGACUGCCUCUGUCGGGGCUAAUACAUUAUUAAUUGCGUUGAAUGGAGUCCCCCCCGAUUUUAGGAAUUAUCAAAAAAAUAUAUAGUAAUCGAAGAAGUUGUUAUUCAAAAUGAUGUCAACCUAAAAUUAAGUGUAAAAAUCGGUUAAAAAUUGAUUCAAAAAGUAAAAAAAAAACACAACACUAUGCAUUACAAAACUCCUUGGAAACAUUAACUUGUAGCACAGUUACAGAAACCACAUUAUAUUAUCCUUAAUCCUUAAUCCCUUCAAAAAAAGAAAAAACAAAAAAAAAAAUAUGAUGAAUGGAAUGUAAUGUGUGAUGAAAAAUGUGAUGAAUAUGAAUAUGAAUGUCCUUAUGACUGAGAGAGAGUGCUUAGUCUGAGUGCCUGGCUGUCCGACUAUUUACUAACUACACCCAAAAAAAUACUAUUUUUAGAGAAUGUGUGCAUGAUUGAGAUAAGCUAUAAGUGGAUUGUGAUUGUGAUGGAGAACCCCCUCAAUAAAUGUAUGAAACUGGA